AUGGCGACGAAGAGCCAUGGGGGCGGGGAGGAGGCGGCAGGGGGGCCCGGGGACGAUGUCGUUCUUCGCGAGCACAGCAACGAGAAUCUGUUGAAGUUCGACACGCACGACAAGUACUCAACGACGUCAGUGAUAAAGAAAAUGAUCUCGAAGAGCCUGCCGCCGCCCAAGACGAAUGCACCGCCUCAACCGCUCUUCAACGGCUUGUUGCGCAUGGGCAAAAACCCGAAUACGCCGCUCCUCUUCAUGGCGUUCCAGACACCUGAGGACCGUGUCGCAGCCGCUGCGCUUCUGCGGGGGAUGCAGUUUCGUGGGAAAAAACAAUGGCAGGAGGUACCCGUGACGCAGCGAGACCUGCACCUGACGCACAAGGGGAAUAGCCGAAAGCGGCCACGUGAUGGGGAGAGCGUGGGGCAAAGCAAAGUUUCUCAGUGGGAGGGCUGUGCCAUGGAGGAGCAGCUCUCGCGCAAGCGGCUGCACUGUCUGCAGGUGAUGAAGGCAAUAGCGCCACGAGGGGAAAAGCACGAGGCGCUAUUCACUGGUAUCCACGCCAGCCCCGAGCUGACUGGCUAUCGCAACCACGUCCAGCUUUCAUUUGGCUACACGGAAGGCGGGGAGCCAUCGAUUGGGUUUCUGAAGGGUGCGAUGCUUGAAGGCACCUGCGCCAUUGACUCAGCCCUUGAAAAAGACAUUGUGACAAUGAAUCCGGUGGCGAAGACGGUGGCUCAGGCGGUCAUGUCCGUUUAUCACGCCUUCUCGUCGCCCGAGAAAGGGGGGCUGCUGGGGUUCGACAAGGUAAAGCAACACGGGUUCUGGCGAAAGCUGCAGGUGCGCCACAACGUACGUGGCGAGGUUAUGGUGGAUGUUGAGCUGGACAUCGACAGUGCCGAAGCGGCAGUGGUGGAUGAGGUGAAGGCGCAACUGACCGACACGCUCUCGAGCGAGGCAUUGAGGCGGAAACUAAGCAUUGCCUUCGGGAAGGACACCGCGGCCGUGGUGAGUGCCCAGUAUCACCACGGCACUGGGAUCAGCUCUCCUCCAGCUGACGUGCCGCGUCAUGUUCUCUUUGGCACCCCCACACUCACGGAGAGCCUCGCUGGGCUUCAGUUUGAGCUAAGCCCCACCUCCUUCUUUCAGGUGAACACCCCGGGAAUGGAAUUGCUGCUGCGCGAGGCGGCGAAGGUUGCGGCGCUGAAUCCAACGACGACGCUCUUGGACCUCUGUUGCGGCACAGGCACAAUAGGCCUCACGCUUGCCAAGUACGUGAAGCAGGUCAUUGGCAUCGAGCUUGUCGAGUCCGCGGUGCGUGACGCGAGACGGAAUGCGGAAAGGAACAACAUAACCAACGCCACAUUUCACAGCGGCCGUGUGGAGCACCUCCUGCCGAAUAUCAUCAAUGCUCUGCCGGUGGAAGAUAGAACCGACAUUGUGGCAAUUUUGGAUCCUCCCCGGGCUGGCGUGACACCCACGGUGCUGAAGUGGAUUCGUGGCACCCCAAAUAUCCGGCGUGUGGUGUACAUCUCGUGUGAGCAGAAAGCGCUGGAGCGGGACUGUCCCCCUUUGACGAAGCCCACCACGAAGGCGUACCGCGGCUUGCCCUUUGGCGUGGUGGCGGGGUUCGCGGUAGACCUCUUCCCCCACACACCGCAUGUCGAGAUGGUGGCGGUGUUGGCUCGUCUUGAAGCGGAGGCGGGCACUGCUGGGUGA